UCAGCUCGAUGCGAAAUGAGUUCUUCUCCUCACGCGCUACUCCAUCUCCAACCCCGCCCUCCUCCGCCGCCCCCCUUAUGCUUCGGCUCGAUUCCGUUUCCUUCGCAAUCAAUCACCCAAUUCAAGAAAUUCAGAAAAAGCAACUUUUCUCUGAAGUUGUACAAUAACAGCUCCAAAAGCGGCGUUUUCGGUAGAACUAGCGGCGUAAUCAGAAGCUCGGUGGCCGAGGAAUCGAAUGGUGCGGCGGAGCAGAAGCCGAAGCAGCAAGCCGUGGUGAAGAGGCCCUACCCUUUCCACGAAAUCGAGCUCAAAUGGCAGUGUUAUUGGGAGGAAAAUCGGACGUUUCGAACCCCCGAUGAAAUUGAUACCUCCAAGCCCAAAUACUAUGUUCUUGACAUGUUCCCGUAUCCCAGCGGAGCUGGGUUACAUGUUGGCCAUCCACUUGGAUAUACUGCUACGGACAUUCUUGCUAGGCUCAAACGCAUGCAGGGUUACAAUGUGUUACACCCAAUGGGAUGGGAUGCAUUUGGAUUGCCAGCGGAGCAAUAUGCAAUAGAGACAGGAACCCACCCGAAGAUCACAACCUUGAAGAACAUUGAUCGCUUUCGCUCCCAGCUUAAAUCCUUAGGAUUCUCAUAUGACUGGGAUCGUGAAAUUUCUACAACAGAACCAGAAUAUUAUAGAUGGACCCAAUGGAUCUUUCUUCAGCUAUUACAGCGAGGAUUGGCGUAUCAGGCUGAAGUGCCAGUCAAUUGGUGCCCUGCUCUUGGUACUGUCUUGGCAAAUGAAGAGGUAAUAGAUGGUUUGAGUGAGCGUGGGGGUCAUCCGGUUAUAAGAAAGCCAAUGAAGCAAUGGAUGCUCAAGAUCACUGCAUAUGCUGAUCGUCUUCUAGACGAUUUAGAUGACCUUGACUGGCCUGAAAGCAUAAAAGAAAUGCAAAGAAACUGGAUAGGGAGGUCAGAAGGUGCUGAGAUGGAAUUUCCUAUUCUUAGCAGUGAUGGACAGGAAAGAGACACAAAGAUUACAAUCUAUACUACCAGGCCUGACACCAUAUUUGGAGCAACCUAUUUAGUCGUGGCACCCGAGCAUCCCUUGUUGUCAACGUUAGUAUCAACAGCUCAGAGAGAAACUGUGGAGGAGUACAUAGAUCUUGCCUCAAGAAAGAGUGACCUUGAGAGGACUGAGCUUCAGAAGGAGAAAACCGGGGUCUUCAGUGGUUGCUACGCUAAAAAUCCUGUUAAUGGGGAAGCUGUUCCUAUAUGGGUUGCGGACUAUGUCUUGGGGAGUUAUGGAACAGGGGCAAUUAUGGCUGUUCCUGCACAUGACACUCGUGAUUUUGAGUUUGCAUCAAAAUUUGACAUCCCAAUUCGUUGGGUUGUGAUGCCGGAUGAUAAAAAUAUCAGUGGUUCCAAAAAGGCCUAUUCAGGUGAAGGUACUGUUAUAAAUUCUUCUAAUUCAACAGUGGGGCUGGACAUUAAUGACUUAUCUAGCAAAGAAGCUGCUUCCAAAGUCAUUGACUGGGCUGAGAAAACUGCACAUGGGAAGAAGAAGGUGAACUUUAAGUUAAGGGAUUGGCUUUUUGCUCGGCAACGUUAUUGGGGUGAACCUAUUCCAGUAGUUUUUUUGGAUGAUACUGGUGAGACUGUUCCCAUACUUGAAACUGAACUGCCCCUUACCCUACCAGAACUGGAUGAUUUUUCUCCCACUGGGACAGGAGAACCACCACUAUCAAAAGCAGUUUCUUGGGUUAAAACUAAGGACCCUUUAUCUGGAAAACCAGCUAGACGAGAGACAAGCACGAUGCCUCAAUGGGCUGGUUCUUGCUGGUACUAUUUGAGAUUUAUGGACCCAAAAAAUUCAGAAGAAUUGGUGGAAAAGAAGAAAGAAAGGUACUGGAACCAAGUUGAUGUGUAUGUUGGGGGUGCAGAACAUGCUGUUCUUCAUUUACUUUAUUCAAGGUUCUGGCACAAGGUUCUCUAUGACAUUGGCGCUGUAUCCACCAAAGAACCGUUCAAGUGUGUCAUAAACCAGGGCAUUAUUCUUGGCGAAGUUCAAUAUAUCGCUUACAAGGACUCUGAUGGGAAUUUUAUCUCUGCCGACUCUGGGACAGCAGUGGAACAUCAGCAAGAAAUAAUACCAGAGGAAAAGGUCAUGAAAUCGGGGGAUUCUUUUGUACUGAAAGACAAUCCUGACAUUUGUCUGAUUGCACGCUCUCAUAAAAUGAGUAAAAGCAGGGGAAAUGUAGUCAAUCCCGAUGAUGUUGUCUCUGAGUACGGGGCGGAUUCACUUCGCUUAUAUGAAAUGUUCAUGGGGCCACUUAGAGAUUCAAAGACCUGGAAUACGAGUGGAAUUGAAGGUGUCCAUCGAUUUUUGGGAAGAACAUGGAGGCUAGUCGUUGGUUCACCAUUGUCUGAUGGUACAUUCAAGGAUGGGACAGUAGUGACUGAUGGGGAACCUACGUUGGAGCAACUUCGUUCUCUUCAUAAAUGCAUUGCAAAGGUAACCGAAGAAAUAGAAGCAACAAGGUUCAACACUGGAAUAUCUGCGAUGAUGGAAUUCCUUAAUGCGGCUUAUAAGUGGCAAAACCAUCCAAGAUUGGUUAUUGAAGCAUUUGUUUUGUUGCUCUCACCGUAUGCUCCUCAUAUGGCCGAGGAGCUUUGGUUUCGCUUGGGACACUCCAAAUCUCUGGCAUAUGAGCCUUUUCCGAAGGCGGAUCCUUCUUACUUGAAGGAAUCUACUAUUGUCCUCCCAGUUCAGAUCAAUGGCAAGACCAGGGGUACGAUCCAGGUUGAAGAGACCUGUUCGGAGGAGGAUGCUUUCCAACUAGCAACACAAGAUGAAAAAGUCUGCAAAUAUCUGGAUGGAAAGUCGAUUAAAAAGAGAAUUUUUGUCCCUGGCAAGAUUCUGAAUGUCAUCCUGGACCGUGAAAACGUCAAGGCAGCUGCCCGAUAAUCCCUUCAGUCCCAUGCCGGCAUUGGUGAUUGAGUCAGACAACUGCAUGAAGAAACAGCUCCCAAGUUAUCUGCUUUGCAAUUGAUUGCAUGUACCUCCCCGUUUCGGAGGCCUUGAAAUCUAGGAUUCGGUCUAGGACUUUUGGGAAGAAGGAAAGCACAGCUAAUCUUGCACAAUCCAUAAUGUAUUCUAUUUGCAGUGCGGACCCUGGCUUGUCCGCACAGGAUAGGACCCCACGUUUGAGGGGCCCUAAAAUAAACGAAAUUUAUGUAAAUAGGUGGAGUCAUUAAUUUUUCUCUAUUUAUAUAAAUAAUAAAAAAGAAUAACAAUUCAUAAAAGAA